UAUGAAUGAAUAGAAUAUAAAUUCGUUCAAAAAUAACGGAAAUGGCUCCACCGCGAGUGUUUCGUUCUUUGAAGAGAUGGUUUGACGACAGUGACGCUAAAUACACACUGGAGUUCAACUAUGUCCGCCAACUGACCUUCUUGCUGAGCUGCGUUGGCUCCUGGCCUCACGACCUAUUCGGACGAGACCGACUCCACUUCGUCCUGUCCAUAUACAACCUGUUUUUGAUCGGGGUGGCCAUAUCGAUAUCCAGUGCGGCUGCAGGAUUUGUCUGGAAUAACAGGGAAACUUUAUCUUUCUCUGUUAUGGGACAUGUGAUUUUGUGUAUUUUGCUGGAGACAUUGUAUUUGCAAAGAUUAAUAACGGCUCGGACGAAAAAGUAUGGUGAGAUAGUAAAGGAUCUCCUGGACCAAUUUCACCUCUUUUAUUUCCAGAAUCGAUCGCAAUACGCUUCCAAGAUGUACAAGCAGAUCCAGAUCAUUUCAAAGAUAUUCACGAUCUACAUUACUUGUCACAUCGUGACCGGAGUCGUCUUGUUCACAUUCAUGCCUUGGUACAACAACUAUAAAAGCGGAAUGUUCGGCCCCGACCGCCCGGCGAACAAAACCUUUGAACAUGCUCUAUACUUCUACUGCUUCACUGACAAAUUCUAUACAACCUUAAACGGCUAUUGGAUACUAUUCUUCUUCAACAUCCCCACCUCCUUCCACACCAGCAGCUUCCUCACCUUUGAUCUUCUGCUCUGCCUUAUGGUGUUCCAAAUUUUGGGACAUCUUAAGAUUAUGAACCACGAUUUGUCAAGUAUACCUUCGACUGCUGAUAUUUACUCGGCAGAAGAGAACAUGCGAGUCAGAGAGACUCUGAAAGGAAUCAUCGAUCACCACAAAAUACUUAUAAAAUUCGUAGACAAGUGCUCCGACGCGUUCAGUACUUAUCUCUUCAUGUUCUACAUGCUCAUGCAACUCCUCACCAUCGUGGUGACGGUGGAGGUUACCGCCUUCACUGCGGAGGCUUUGGCGAAAUACGCACCUCUCACAGUCGCUAUAUAUCAACCGCUGAUUCAGAUAUCGAUACUUUUUGAAAUGAUAAGCACGCAGAGCGAGAAACUUAUUGACGCCAUAUACGACAUUCCGUGGGAGUGCAUGGAUACGAGUAACCGCAGGUCGGUGUUGUUUUUUCUGCUACGUGCGCAAACGCCGGUCACGCUAAAAGCCGCCAAGAUGGUACCCGUUGGCGUGAUGACUAUGACCGCGGUCCUGAAGACAACAUUCUCCUAUUACAUGAUACUGAACACCAUAGCUGAAUCUGCUGAACAGUAG